AUGGCAAAAGAACGCGGUGUGAUAAUGCCUAUUAUCCGGAAUUUUUUAAACUCCAUAACUCCAAGAGUAAAUAGACGACGAUUAAUAGGUGAAGAUCGCAAUGGUACAAAAUAUUAUGAAGAUUUGAAUGCUCAGAAUCGACGAGGGCGAUCAUUUGAGCCGAAAGACCCAGAAAAUUUCGAAGUAGAAAUACCGGCUGAAUGGGAAGCUUGGUUGAGGUAUCGAAGAAGUGAAAGACCAACUGACGAGGAAAUUCAACAGAAUUUCGAAAUAAUAAUGAUGAAGAAAAAAAAUGCUGCUGAAUUAGAAAUUAAAUACAGUGCGGAAAAAGGAGUCAAAGUAGAUGAUAACCUUCCGAAAGAAAAGUUAAGUUUUCCCACUUAUGAGGAGUAUAAAAACUUUGGCCAAAAUUACAAACCAAAAUCUGAUAAUUAG